AUGAAAGACGAACAGUAUCAAGAACGCCUCGACCUCCCCCUGGACAUUGCCACUGUAGAGUACCAGGAGGACAGCCCGUUCCAGUACAACAACUUUAUCUACAAAAUCACACUCUCGUCCCCAGCGACUGCGGCCUCCUUCCCUAAUGCUGGAUCGUAUACUGUGGCCCCGCCAAAGGAAGGUAUUUCCAUCCUUAUAAUGCGCCUCGCAAACCCGAAGGCAGAAGGCAUCGUCCACGAGACCCGCGUCGAGAACGAGGUCGCCGCCAUGCACCUUGCUCGUCAGGGCCUCUUGUCUUCGGCCAAGCCGGAAAUCGCAGCGCUCGUGCCGGCGUUGUACGAUUGGCAGUCUUACGGCAGCUCCCAGUCCGGCUUUGGGUGGUCUUUGAUGGAGUUCAAAGAGGGCGUGCCACUUGACACCGUAUUUCGAGACAUGCCUGAUGACGAGAUGACGGAUGUGCUGGGGCAGAUUGCAGAUGUUUUCGCGGGCAUUCAGAAGGCGCCGCUGCCGGAGAGUAUCCAGAGCUACGGAGGUAUGACGAUCGAUGGGAAGGGUAAUAUUGUGAGUGGUCAGAUGACCAUACUCAAAGGCGGGCCUUGGGAGUCGUACAGCGAUUUUUGGAAAGCAAUGUUUGCGCUUCGUAUUGAAGAUGCUGGUGUGAGUCCGGCUCUGAAUGGUUGGAAACCGAACGGCGUCCGGGAGCGCAUUGACAAGUUUCUGGCCGUGGGUCUCGAGAAGUUUCUCGACGGAUCGGACGUAGACGUUAGAAAACGUGUUCUCAUCCAUGGAGAUCUCACCACGAACAACAUCCUCUACGACCCCAACACGAAAAAACUGACUUCAAUCCUCGACUUUGACUGGGCAUUUAUAUCUCACCCCUGCCACGAAUUCUUCACUUCCCUCGGCGAUAUUGGCGGGAACACAGGCGGCGGGACCGGGCGCGACCCGGACCUCAGCGGCGGCCGGCUAGGCAAGGCAAUGCUGACAGGAAAUUUUGAAAUCCCCGAUCUACCUGAAGCGGCCGCUAAACAGCUGACGCGGGACAAGGCUUGGGACGAUGCGUUGGCAGAAAGAGGGGCGUUGAGACCGAGCGACAUUCGGGGUAUAUCUGCUCUGGACAAGCUAAGAAGGCUCGAUGCUUUGCUUUGCCCUUUUGCGCUGGAACAUCCGGUUAUGUUGAAGAGAAAGACGCCUGAGGAGAUUACGGAAAUGAGAAAGGCAGCGGAGAAGGAUUUGGUUGACUGUUUGGCUGAAUUUGGGUGCUGA